GAUUUACAUUGUGGUCAUGUGAUAAGACGGUGGUCAUGUGAUGCACACGGAAGUGUAACUCCGCACCGCAGCAGUCAGUAUCUUGCAGCGUUUUAAGACCCCGGCGUUACACCGUUAAGGUGUAUUAUAUUGUAUAUUAGUAGUAUAUAGAAACAGCUGGUUAAUGUAGCCGAGGUCAUGUUGUUGCUGAGUGUUGUGAGCAGUGUGUUUCUGCUCCUAGCGACGCUACAAGCAGAGCUGGAACAAUGUGACGCCGUAUUAAACACGUCUACAGGUGAGGAUACCGGACACCUCGGGAAGUAUUCGGUGCAGCUCGUCACUAACUCGUCCAACGGCACUGCGUUAACCUACGGUUUCGUGUCGUGCGGUGUGGCCGUUGUGUUUUACGGUUCUAACUUUGUCCCCGUGAAGAAGAUCUCCACCGGAGACGGUCUGUUCUUCCAGUGGGUGCUGUGUGCAGCAGUCUGGAGUGUAUCCCUGGUGGUCAACAUUAUUCUGGGGUCUCCCACCUUCUGGCCGCUAGCCAUGCUGGGGGGGGCCAUCUGGGCUACAGGUAACAUCACUGUGGUCCCCAUAGUGAAAACCAUUGGUCUGGGUCUGGGCCUCCUCAUCUGGGCAUCUUUUAACCUCCUCAUUGGUUGGGCAAGCUCCAGGUUUGGCUGGUUUGGGAUCGAUGCUGAGGAAGUUUCUAACCCAACACUCAACUACUGUGGAGCAGGAUGCUGUCUGCUCAGUGCUGUAAUCUUCUUCUUUGUGAAGAGUGAUGUUCACAGUCAGUCCUCCAGACCAGAGGAACAGGAGCCUCUACUCACUGACGGCUGUGUAAAUGCAGAUGGUGUGUCGUCGUCUGAUGCCUCGUGGGUCGACACACUAAGACCGCGAACCAAACGACUGGUUGGUUCUCUCCUAGCUGUGGCAGCGGGUUUGUUGUAUGGUUCCUCUUUUGUUCCAGUUCUCUACAUUAAGAACCAUGCAGCACAUCAUGACAGCCGCUUCACCGGGGCUAGCCAGUUUGAUCUGGACUAUGUGUUUGCCCAGUUCAGUGGGAUAUUCCUGACCAGUACUGUCUACUUCCUGAUCUACUGCGCUGCCAUGAAGAACAGACCUAGAGUCUACCCUAGAGCAAUACUACCUGGUUUUGUCUCUGGGGUGAUGUGGGGUAUUGCUACCUGCUGCUGGUUUCUGGCCAACACCUACCUGAGUGCUGUGGUCAGUUUCCCCAUAAUAACCACGGGUCCUGGUCUCAUUGCAGCUCUUUGGGGAGUGGUGGUCUUUAAGGAGGUUAAGGGUUGGUGUAACUUCCUCAUCCUGGGCGUGGCGUUCUCAUUGGUUCUAGCCGGAGCCCUGCUGACAGCCUUCUCCAAGGUGUAACACACAGCUUCUCCAAGGUGUAACACACAGCUUCUCUAAGGUGUAACACACAGCUUCUCCAAGGUGUAACACACAGCUUCUCCAAGGUGUAACACACAGCUUCUCCAAGGUGUAACACACAGCUUCUCUAAGGUGUAACACACAGCUUCUCCAAGGUGUAACACACAGCUUCUCCAAGGUGUAACACACAGCUUCUCUAAGGUGUAACACACAGCUUCUCUAAGGUGUAACACACAGCUUCUCUAAGGUGUAACACACAGCUUCUCUAAGGUGUAACACACAGCUUCUCUAAGGUGUAACACACAGCUUCUCUAAGGUGUAACACACAGCUUCUCUAAGGUGUAACACACAGCUUCUCUAAGGUGUAACACACAGCUUCUCUAAGGUGUAACACACAGCUUCUCUAAGGUGUAACACACAGCUUCUCCAAGGUAUAACACACAGCUUCUCUAAGGUGUAACACACAGCUUCUCCAAGGUGUAACACACAGCUUCUCCAAGGUG